GAAAAAGCCAAUUUGCAUCCAACCUCCUCCUUGUCAGUUUUCAGCUCUUCCUUGCUCUGCGUGCCAACCACACAGUUUUCAACCUUGCGGAUCUUCACCAUUACAAUGACAAAAUCCAAUCCCUUAAUCGAUCCCAACACUGGAUUCUGCCCCCACACUAGAACUUUCCACAGCCUCCGGCAACCCGUCCCUCUGCCUCCACCCUCUCUUCCCCUCUCCACCACCCGGUACUGCCUCUCUCUCCUCAACUCCUCCUCCACCCCUGCCACCUCCUCCACCGCCUGCAUCAUCAACGCCACCACCAACCAAUGCCUCACCUACUCUCAAUUCAUCUCCCAAACUCGCUCCCUCGCAUUUUCCCUCCAAAAACACUACUCCUUGUCUCCAAACGAUGUGGCAUUCAUCAUUUCCCCACCGACUAUUCACGUUCUUGUGCUUUACUUCGCCCUUAUGUCGUUAGGUGUCGUCAUCUCUCCCGCCAACCCGCUUGCUUCCGAGUCCGAAAUCGCUCACCAGGUCCAACUCUGCAAACCCGUUAUCGCCUUCGCUACGUCGGAGACAUCGGGAAAGCUUCCGCUUUUAAAACUUGGAACCUUCCUCGUCGACUCGCCCGAGUUUGCCUCUUUCUUGACUCUUUUCAACGUCGAUAGCGACUUCCUUGACCAGGUCAACGUGAACCAGUCCGACCCGGCGGCGAUUCUGUAUUCCUCAGGGACUACCGGGCGAGUCAAGGGCGUGUUGCUGAGUCACCGGAAUAUGAUCGCGUUACUUGCUGGGUUUUAUCACUUGCUGCAGGAGGAAGAUGGGCCAGAACCACCAAAAGAACACCCAGUUUCGUUCUUUACGGUUCCCCUGUUCCACGUAUUCGGGUUCUUCAUGUUUCUGAGAGUGAUUUCAAUGGCAGAGACGAUGGUUUUGACUGAGAGAUUUGACUUCGAGGGAAUGCUAAGAGCGAUAGAGAAGUACAGGGUCACUUACAUGCCAGUCUCGCCACCAUUGGUGGUCGCCUUCGUAAAAUCAGAUUUAACCAAAAAGUACGAUCUCAGCUCGCUCCAGGUGCUCGGGUGCGGUGGUGCGCCACUUGGCAAGGAGGUCGCCGAGCGGUUCAGUGAGAAAUUUCCAAAUGUGGGGAUUGUGCAGGGAUAUGGAUUGACUGAGACUGGAGGGGGAGCGUCAAGACUUUUAGGGCCUGAGGAGUGGAAAAGACAUGGUUCUGCAGGCCGCCUGGCUGAAAAUAUGGAAGCCAAGAUCGUUGAUCUGGUGAGUGGAGAAGCCUUGCCUCCUGGUCAGAGAGGGGAGUUAUGGCUGCGAGGUCCCACUGUCAUGAAAGGUUAUGUGGGAGAUGAGAAGGCAACUGCUGAAACCUUGGAUGCAGAAGGCUGGUUAAAAACUGGUGAUAUUUGUUAUUUUGAUUCAGAAGGGUUCCUCUAUAUUGUGGACAGAUUGAAGGAAUUGAUAAAAUACAAGGCCUAUCAGGUUCCUCCUGCUGAGUUGGAACAUUUGCUUCAUUCCCAUCCUGAAAUUGCUGAUGCUGCUGUUAUUCCGUAUCCUGACGAAGAAGCAGGGCAGAUUCCCAUGGGCUUUAUAGUGAGAAAACCUGGAAGCAAUAUCACUGCAGCUCAAGUCAUGGAUUUCAUUGCAAAACAGGUUGCACCAUACAAGAAGAUAAGGCGUGUUGCGUUUAUAUCUUCUAUUCCAAAAUCUCCAGCAGGGAAGAUCUUGAGAAGAGAGCUGGUCAAAGAUGCCCUCUCUGGCGCUUCUUCCAAAUUAUAACUGAGAGAGGAUACCUCUGGAAGGGGAGAACGUGUGCAGUUGAAAACUUCAUAAAGUCAUCAGAUACCAACUGCAUGUGAAUUAACAUAUUACCUUGAAAAGCAUUCCCGUUAUCCGGUGCACCAUAAUGAAACGACUUCUUUUAGAUUUCUCAGGAUUAUAUUUAUUUCUUUUUGAUCGAUUUUAGAUUUAGUUUUAGUUUUUAUGAACAGUAUGUUGAUGCUCAAAAGUGUCAUUGUCAUUGAAGGUUUUAACCACGCAACAUACAGUUUCUGUUAUUUAGGGCUUGUUUGGUAUAACGGUUAAAAUUCAGCGGAUAGCGGAUAGUGGUAGCGGGUGGCAGUUAGCGGAUGGCGGAAAUGGGUAGCGGAUGGUAAAUAAUGGAUUCGAUAAAUAUAACUAUUUGGU